CCACCCCCCGACACGACAACGUCACGCUGUCUGGUGACAAGAUGGCCGCCGAGAGGAUGGAGCUGGAUUUCGGGGACCGCAAACUGUUCGAGGAGUUCGAGGAUUCAAGGCCGUCUCACGUCCGCUUCAACAGUCAGGACGAUGACGGCGAGGCAGAGGGCGCGCCGAAGAAGCUGCGGGCAUGCGAGGAGAGCGUGGCCUACCUGAGAGCGGAGAAUCAGGAACUGAGGAGGAAGCUGAAUUUGCUGACCCACCCAAGUAAAAUAGUUGUGAGCGACUCCAAAACAGAUGGCCCAAUGGUACAGAUUUUGUUUAUGAAUAACAAUAUUUCAAAGCAGUUUCAUCAAGAAAUUGAAGACUACGUCACAGGCUUAGUAGAAAAGUAUGAAAAGGAAUUGCAAAGUGACCAUGAAAAAACAGUUUUUAAUAUAAAACCCCAGCCAUCAAGUGUGCUGUUAGAAGAGCAACCAAAUGUGAAAAGUUUAAAUACAGGAAAGAAAAUAAAAGAGGCGUUUCAUGUUGUGGGAAGUGUUCAGUACUUCACCAGCUUUUGUCUUGACAAACUUGGACAGCCAUUGUUAAAUGAGAAUCCACAACUUACAAAUGGAUGGGAAAUACCCAAAUACCAGCAAGUCUUCGCUCAAGUUGUAUCCUUAGAUGGACAAGAAAUGGGACUGAAAGCUAGGAGGCCAAAACCUUGUUGUUUUAACUGUGGCUUAACAGAACAUCAGUUAAAAGAUUGUCCAAAGCCACGUGAUCUUGCUCGUAUUAAUGAGAAACGAAAAGAGUUUAUGACUAUGUCUAGUGAUUCACCUCAUUCAGGUUCUCAACAGCGGUAUCAUGCAGAGAGAUUUGAAAAGUUUCAACCAGGUGUAAUCAGUGCAGAACUUAAAGAAGCUCUUGGGAUAACAGAUGAAACUCUUCCACCAUUUAUUUAUCGGAUGCGCCAAUUGGGUUAUCCUCCAGGAUGGCUGCUAGAGACCCAGCAAGAGAAUUCUGGACUUGCUUUAUAUGAUGGAAGAGAUUCAAGCGAUGGUGAAAUGGAGCAUGACAAACAACAUCCAAAAGCUCGCUUUCCAUCCUAUGACACAAGUAAAUUAAUAGAUUACGCAGGAUUCAAUGCUGUAAUUCCAAAAGGAAUUCAAGAUGAAUGGAGACUAUAUGGUUCAAUCCCAAUGCAAUCUCAUGAUCUAAAGGAACAUUUUGCACAUCAAUUGAAUGCUAAUGAUCUUUCAACUAAACACAGUUCAAACAAAAGGGUUUCAGAUGCUGACUCAAACCUUGAUAGUGUAAAGAAACGCAAGUCUGAAAAAGUAGGGACUCAUGCUUAUGACAUGGAUAUAGAUUCAGAUUCUGACUCUCUAAAGCCAUUCCAUACUAUUCCACCCAUGCCUCCUGGUUGCCCAAUAACUUCAUCUCCCCCUCCUCUACCCAGAGGAACGCCCCCUUCUACACCGCCUACAUUUGUUCCACCUGCGCCACCAACCCCAACGCGUCCACCCCUUCCAAAAGACACCCCACCCUCGACUCCAUCAACCUGUUCUCCAGCAAGAAAUUCUCUGCAAGAUGAAAAUACUCAAUCAGUAACUCCCCUCAUUGCGAACAAAUCUCUGGAUGAAGAUGUCCUGUCAUUGGAAGAGUUGGAAGAACAACAGCGAUUGAUCUGGGCUGCACUGGCACAGACUGACGGCACUGUUAGUGAGACAGAAUGUCCUUGUGAUUCUCCUGUAACCAAGAGUUCUACCAAUUCCUCACCUGCAAUAACUCCAGUAGACAACUGUAUGGAAAUAGAGUCUAAUGAUAAAAUGGGAAUAGUUGAAUGUAAAAUUGAGAGUCCCAUUGCUGAAGCAUCUUCCAGUGAUUCUGGAGAAAAACAAAUCAAUUCAUUGAAAGGUAGUUGGCACAGGGAAGAGAACACUCAGCCUGAGAACUCUGGAAUGGAGACAGAAAGCAGUAAAGCCAUUCAGGAUUCUACCCCUACUUCUGCAGAGUCUACUGGAGGUAACGGAGAAUGUUUGGAGAAAACGGAUGAGGCCAACACCAGUGCUGUUCCAGAAACACUGCAGGAGAAUAGAGUUUCUGCUGUGCCCGACAUGAGUAAAUUUGCUACUGGAAUCACACCUUUUGAAUAUGACAAUCUUUCCGAGGCAACCGGAACAUACCUCAAACUCAGGGACUUGUUGAAGAACUCUCCGAGAAACAAAAUGAAAAAGAAAUAAAUAUUUAAAAAAGAGUACUGAAAUUUUUAGAUCCAAGGCUUCCUUGUCACAAUGUCACCAUUCACCAUGAGGAACUUUUUUCAUUGAGACCUGACUUCUAAAUUUUGCAACAGAGCAAAUGUUUUAAAGAACAUAUCAAAAAUGUGGACGGCAGUGCUCUUUUAAUAUUUAAGUUUGGUAAAGAUUGAAAAUAUGUCUGGUAUUAAAGAAAGAAACAUAUUUGUGUAAUAUUCAUUUUGAAGACGCACUGUUGAAAUUAGUCCUUUGGUAGUCAUGGUCUCUGGAUUUCUCUAAUGUGGAAUUCAGUGUCCAGUGGAUUUUUAGUAAUUUCUUGUACAUCAUUUUUUGUUUAUAUAACGAUACAUGUUUUUUGAUAUUACCAAUGUAAUUUUAUAUAUUAUUGCCAAGGAUUUUGGUGUACAGUUUUAAAUCCUAAUAACUGAAUAUUGAAAUUGUCAGGGAUAACCAGGGCUGUUUUCAGGUAUUUUAUGAAUAUCCACAUAUGCUUUAGUUUUUUAAAGCUGAUUCUACCUUUGUAAUGCCAUUCUUCACAAGGAGUACACAGCCUUGGAUUAUGGGAAUAUGUUGAACAAUUCUACGAUGACAUGUUUUAGUAUUUUGUGACUGCAUUAAAUGGCAUUGAAAUUUGCAGGAAA